UUUGGCGCUUCCCCCGCAUAUCGCAAGGUGGCCAUCCGAGGUUGGAGGAACCUCUGGUAAGCUGAGCUAGCCGCCCCAACGCCUCAUUGGGGUAACCUCGAUGGCGGUGUUCGAGAGCUUCGCCUUACUCAUCGCCGGGCUCGUCUCACCUUUAAACCCCCGUCUUGGCCGCAUCUUCAGCUCGCUCUGCUCUUGUAUCUCAUAUCUCACUCAUUGACUGCAAUUGACCGACCGACUAAGCCCUCCAUAUCCGCCGCCAUGGUUCCCGCCGUGAGAGCCAUCCCCAAUGCCGCCAAGCGGGCAACCAGCCUCCUGCGCACCGUCCAGUACGCCCAUCCGCCCUCAUGCCCGUGCCACUCGAACCCGGGGUACCACGGGGGCCCGCCAGUCAUGACGCCCUCCAAGCAUGCCGGCCACCGCAAGUAUGCCACGCCUACGACGCACCCUGGCCAGAAGGAGUAUGCCUUUGAGAUGGCUGCGUCGUCCAUCCGCUUCGGUCCAGGUGUCACCCAGGAGGUCGGCAUGGACCUGAAGAAUAUGGGCUCUAAGCGAGUCUGUGUCGUCACCGACAGGACAGUCGAUAAGCUUGAAGCCAUGAGGCAGGUCCGCGAGGCGCUCACCCGGGAGGGCAUCAACUUUGAGGUCUACAAGGACGUCCGGAUCGAGCCCAAAGAUAGCUCAAUCAAGGACGCCAUCGCCUGGGCCCGCCCUUACCAGCCCGAUGCCUUCCUGGCCGUGGGUGGAGGGUCUGUCAUCGACACGGCCAAGCUCAUGAACCUGUACACAGCGUACCCGGACGCCGACUUCCUGGACUUCGUCAACGCGCCACUUGGCAACGGCCGUCCUGUUGACAAGCCUCUGAAGCCUCUCAUCGCAGUCCCGACCACCGCGGGUACCGGCAGCGAGACCACAGGCACAGCUAUCUUCGACCUCGUCUCCAAGCGAGCGAAGACGGGCAUUGCCCACCGUAAUCUAAAGCCCACGCUCGGAAUCUGUGAUCCCCUCAACACUCGCACCAUGCCCGCCGCUGUCAAGGCCGCGUCUGGCCUGGAUGUCCUGUGCCACUCGCUGGAGUCGUGGACCGCUAUCCCGUACCACGAGCGAACUCCCAGGCCGACAAAUCCCAUCUUGCGCCCGGCAUACCAGGGCGCCAACCCCAUUUCUGACGUCUUCUCGUUCCAUGCUCUCCGAGCCACCAUCAAGUACCUUCCCCGAUCGGUGAGGGAUCCAGAUGACCUUGAAGCCCAGAGCGAGAUGCUUCUGGCGUCUACGCUGGCUGGUGUUGGCUUUGGAAAUGCGGGUGUCCACUUGUGCCACGGCAUGUCGUACCCAAUCUCAGGCCAAAACCCGGGCUACAAGCACGCGGGUUACGAGGUGGACGCCCCCAUCAUCCCGCACGGAGUCUCGGUGGCCGUCUCCGCGCCGGCCGUCUUCCGCUUCACAGCUGCCUCUAACCCGGAGCGCCAUCUCGCUGCCGCCGAGGCCUUUGGCGUCGACAUCAGCAACGUCAAGCGGGAGAGCGCGGGCGAGGUCCUGGCCGAGGCCAUCACCAAGUUCCUCGCAGAGCUGGGCGACCAGCCCAAGGGCCUCAAGGAGCUCGGGUUUGGCACGGGUGACAUCGAGGCGCUCGUCGAGGGCACGAUCCCGCAGGCGCGCGUGCUGAUGCUGGCGCCGGGACUGUCGACGGAGCUGGAGAGGGAGAGGGAUCAACUGCGGCGGCUGUUUGAGGAUGCGUUGGCUCAUUGAGUUAUGGGACGAGUUUAAACUAAAUUGGGCAGGUCGUUCUGCUCAUUUGCUGCGAGUGAUAAGCAGUGAUUAAACGGAUCAUGUUCCUCCC